GCACUACCGGAAGCGCUCGGCGUCGCGCGGGCGCUCGGGGAGCCGAUCCAGGAGUCGCUCUCCCUCGGACAAGAGGGGAAAACGUGAGGACAGACGCUCCAGGAGCAGAGACCGAGAGCGCAGGCGCGAGAGGUCACGCAGCAGGGACAAGAGAAGGUCUCGAUCGCGCGACCGGAAGCGGCAAAGGCGCUCGAGGAGCAGAGAGAGGGAGCGGAGCCGGGAGAGGAGGAGGUCCCGGAGCAGGGAGAGGAGGCGAUCCCGGAGCAGGAGCAGGGGCAGACGGUCCCGAUCCUCCAGCCCCAGCAAGAACAGGAAAACAGAGAACAGAUCAAGAUCUAAAGAAAAGACAGAGGGUGUUGAAGUUUCCAAGGAAAAGAAAAAAGACAAGGAUGACAAGGAAGAAGAGAAGGACAAAGAUGCUACCACCAAUGCUGUGGCCACUGAGAAUUUUGAUCAGAACAAACUAGAAGAAGAAAUGAGAAAGCGAAAAGAAAGAGUGGAGAAAUGGAGGGAAGAACAACGCAAGAAGGCGAUGGAAAACAUAGGAGAGCUGAAAAAGGAAAUUGAAGAGAUGAAACAAGGCAAAAAAUGGAGUUUAGAAGAUGAUGAUGAUGAUGAAGAGGAAACUGCAGAAGGAGAAAAAGAAGGGAAUGAGGUUGAAGAUGAGGAAUUAGAUCCUUUGGAUGCUUAUAUGGAAGAAGUAAAAGAAGAGGUCAAGAAGUUCAAUAUGAGAAGUGUGAAAGGUGGAGGUGGGAGUGAAAAGAAAUCUGGACCAACUGUUACCAAGGUGGUAACCGUGGUGACAACCAAAAAGGCAGCAGUGGAGUCAGAAAAGAAGAAAGGGGAGCUCAUGGAGAAUGACCAAGAUGCAAUGGAGUAUUCCUCAGAAGAGGAGGAGGUUGACCUUCAGACUGCCCUGACUGGCUAUCAGACCAAGCAGAGAAAGUUGCUAGAACCAGUGGAUCAUGGAAAGAUAGAAUAUGAACCUUUCAGGAAAAACUUCUAUGUUGAAGUACCAGAACUAGCCAAAAUGACUCAAGAAGAGGUGAAUGUGUACAGGCUGGAGUUGGAGGGAAUUACAGUCAAGGGAAAAGGCUGCCCCAAACCCAUCAAAACCUGGGUGCAGUGUGGUAUUUCCAUGAAGAUUCUCACUGCCCUCAAAAAACAUGGCUAUGAAAAGCCCACUCCCAUCCAAACCCAGGCUAUCCCAGCAAUUAUGAACGGGAGGGAUCUGAUUGGCAUUGCCAAAACAGGAAGUGGAAAAACCAUCGCGUUCCUCUUGCCCAUGUUCAGACACAUCAUGGAUCAGAGAGCCUUAGAAGAAGGAGAAGGUCCCAUAGCUGUCAUCAUGACACCUACUCGUGAGUUGGCUUUGCAGAUUACCAAGGAGUGCAAGAAAUUCUCAAAGACACUUGGGCUUCGAGUUGUCUGUGUUUAUGGGGGAACAGGAAUCAGUGAACAGAUAGCUGAACUCAAAAGAGGUGCUGAAAUUAUUGUUUGCACACCUGGACGUAUGAUUGACAUGUUAGCAGCUAACAAUGGUCGGGUGACAAACCUGCGCAGAGUCACGUACGUUGUACUCGAUGAAGCCGACAGAAUGUUUGACAUGGGCUUUGAGCCUCAGGUUAUGCGCAUUGUAGACAACGUCAGGCCUGACCGUCAGACUGUCAUGUUCUCUGCUACUUUUCCCAGAGCUAUGGAGGCCCUGGCUCGGAGGAUCCUCAGUAAACCUAUAGAGGUGCAGGUUGGAGGCAGAAGUGUUGUCUGUUCUGACGUGGAGCAGCACGUUAUUGUCAUUGAAGAGGAGAACAAGUUUCUCAAGUUACUGGAGCUACUGGGACACUAUCAGGAGAAAGGAUCUGUCAUCAUAUUUGUAGAUAAACAGGAACAUGCUGAUGGGUUGUUGAAGGAUUUGAUGAGAGCCUCUUAUCCUUGUUUGUCUCUGCACGGAGGUAUUGAUCAGUAUGACAGGGACAGCAUAAUUAAUGAUUUCAAGAAUGGAACCUGCAAACUUCUGGUGGCCACAUCUGUAGCAGCAAGGGGCCUGGAUGUCAAACAGCUGAUGCUGGUGGUCAAUUACAGCUGCCCCAACCACUAUGAGGAUUAUGUGCACCGAGCAGGCCGAACCGGACGAGCUGGCAAUAAAGGGUAUGCAUAUACCUUCAUUACUGAGGAUCAGGCACGGUAUGCUGGUGAUAUCAUUAAGGCUUUGGAAUUGUCUGGGAAUCCAAUCCCUACUGAUUUGGAGAAGCUCUGGGCUGACUUCAAAGACCAGCAGAAGGCUGAGGGAAAGCUGAUUAAAAAGAGCAGUGGAUUCUCUGGCAAAGGUUUUAAAUUUGAUGAAACAGAACAGGCUUUGGCUAAUGAAAGAAAGAAGCUACAAAAAGCAGCUCUUGGCUUGCAAGAUUCAGAUGAUGAAGAUACAGCUGUUGAUAUCGAUGAACAAAUCGAAAGCAUGUUCAAUUCAAAGAAAAGAGUAAAAGACAUGGCAGCACCAGGAACAUCAAAUGCUCCUACACCAUCAGCUGGGAAUGCAGAGAAAUUGGAAAUUGCUAAAAGAUUGGCUCUGAGAAUCAAUGCCCAGAAGAAUCUUGGAGCGGAGGCACAAGUGAUGGUUCCCUUCCAUUUCAAGGAUGUGAUGCAGCAGGCUACAAAUGCUAUCCUGAGAGGAGGCACAAUUCAGGCUCCUACUGUGUCUGCCAAGACCAUUGCAGAGCAACUGGCUGAAAAAAUCAAUGCCAAGCUCAAUUACGUACCCAUAGAGAAGCAGGAGGAAGAGAAACAGGAUGGAGGACAAAAUGAAUCCUUCAAGAGAUACGAAGAAGAACUAGAGAUCAAUGACUUCCCACAGACUGCCAGAUGGAAAGUUACCUCCAAAGAAGCACUGCAGAGAAUCAGUGAAUAUUCUGAGGCUGCUAUUACAAUCAGAGGAACUUACUUCCCUCCAGGCAAAGAACCCAAGGAAGGAGAGCGGAAGAUUUAUUUGGCUAUAGAAAGUGCCAAUGAACUGGCUGUACAGAAAGCAAAGGCAGAAAUCACACGACUUAUUAAAGAGGAGCUCAUCAGAUUGCAAAAUUCUUACCAACCAACCAACAAAGGAAGAUACAAAGUUCUAUGAGUGUCUGGAGCUGUGUCUGCCAGCAGCUGGUGCGUGAAACGUUGUGGCUUCUAUUGUUUUUGCUGUUUACAUUUGCUUGUUGUAAAUUAAGAGGUUUUUUUAUUUUGUCUUGCGGACAUUUUUUAACAGAAAAUUGAUACCUGCUGAAACAUCUUAAUUCUCUCCACUAAAGUUAUCAGUCUUAAAGCAGCCCAGUUUUGGCGGAGCAUGAGUUAAUUUAAAAGUGCAGUUUAUAUCCUUUUCAUCAUAAAGAAUAUAAAAUAAACAGAUUUUAAUUUUUU